AUAUUACUCCCUCGUGGAGAGUCGGAAGAAGCUUUACACUCGCAGGCGAGUCGGUCCACAGACGGAACCCGCCGUUACCAGGGCACCCAACAGGCGAAGGCCUCCCUACGUCCUGUGAUUUGA